AUGGCGGCCCGCAGCUUAGCAGAGCGCACGCGGCACUGCCUGCAGAGCCGUCAAGUGGGGUCGAGGGCCCUCGUUUACUACGAGCUGCGCGAUGACUUCUGGCAUGAAAAGAUCAUGCUGGCACGUGUUCAGGACUUCCGCUUCGGGGUGCUCACCGCGCCGGGGGACAUCUAUGGGAAGAACAUGUCCCAAUCGCUCCUUCGGCUGCCGCUGGGAGCUCGGGGUGGCCUUCCUGUUCGGAGGCCGCAGGGGCAGAUCUCGCGGGCGGGCAUCGCUCGGCUCAGCGCUGCGCUGCCAUCGCUAUGCAACGAGGCGGCGCCGAUGGCAGCGGACAUUCGUGAGGAGGAUGGCUCGCCUGCACCAGCAGCACACACAGGGGCGUGCGCCGACGGCGAGGCGGAGGCACUUGCGGAGGCGCCGUCCCCUGCGGCGCUGCUGGCCGCCGCGUGGCCCGCUGGGCCAGCGGCUGGAGCCGCGGCUGGGGCUGGCGCCCUGGCGGCCGCGCCGGCCGCGUCGCCUGGGCCUCCGGCGGCAGGCCCUCUCCUUGCCCCAGCACCGCCGCGGCUCGCGGCGCCACCGGCGGACGCGGUCUGGCUUGCAGCAGGGACGCGGGGGGGCUCCACGGCGGGGACUCGCAUCUCGCCUGAGCCCCUUGGAGCUGGUGGCCAGCCGCAGGUCGUGCUUGGCGAUCGCGGGUACAUGCUGCUGAGUUCGGGCAUCUCGUUCGCGGUCGCCGUGGCCAACAUCCUGGAGGCCGGGGCGGCCGCGCUGUCCGGCAGCGGUGGGGGCCUUCCCGCGCUGCCAGUGCUCUACUUGCCAUCGGGCGGCCGCUCCAGGUUGCUCCAUGACGCUCUGGCCAAGAUGGCCACCACGCCCGUCGCGAACGGGCGCUGCAAGGGGCCGAGGACCGCGGCCGUGCUGCUCGAGAAGAUCUUGGAGGCGGACUACAUGCCGCGGCAGAGGCAGUGCUGGUCGAGGUCAAUCCAGGGGCUCACAGCAUUGGACUCGGGCAUGGACGACCACCACUUCACGUUGGAGGUGCUGCAGGAGCUCACCACCGAGGACCGGCUCGACGCUUGCGAGCUCGUGGUGGUGGAGACCCGCUGCCGCCGCGACCAGCUCUGGGAGGAGCCGUAUGCGUCGAGCUUGCGCGAGGGUGAGGCUGGUCAGGACGCUGCGCCCUGGCUCGAUGGGCGACCCAAUUUCCUCGGGCAGGGCAGGAGCCGCGGCUCGGCGCUUGUCUGCGCCGCCGGGGAGAGCUGGGUGGCGACGAUGCUCCGAGGGGGAUGCGCCAUCCUCAAGGAGCGCAAGAAGGGGCGAGAGGGAAGGCUGCUGGAGCGCGGCGCCGACCGCGGCGCGGCCUCUGGCGAACCAGCGGCGGGUGCCAAGGCCAAGGCAUACGGCCGCGGGCGUGCUGAACGGCGAUGCCCCUCGCUGGGUUUUGGCGAUGACGGUCUCACGCAGAGAGACGCGCUGCCUAUCCCGCUCAACUCGGAGGCGCUCCAGUGCUUGAAGGGGUUCUCUGCCCUUGACGGCGAGCUCUCGCUGGGGCAGCGGCGCAAGGCCGCUCGCUGCAGGCGCCAGGAGCGCUGCAUGCUGGAAGGCGUCGCGGCGCUCAACGAGCUGGGUGGUGGUGGGCGGUCGGCGGGCGGCAGCGGCCGCCUCAGCUUGGCGCAGCGCUCCGCGCUGCAGCAUCUGAAGGGGGUCUACGCCGCGGCCCCGCCGAGGACUGAGGAUUGCACCAACCAGGAGGCGUUUCAGGCGCUUCUGGGGCUUCGACCUGGCUAUGCUGACGAGCCAGCGAUCGGGGCGAGAGCCGGCUACCAGCGCGGGAGGGUCUCUCUUCCUUCUGGCGGUGCUGGGCGUGUCGAUCUUGUUCGGCUGUUGCCCGCGCACCUGCAGUCGGCGCUGGAGUCUGGGCACGGGUUAUUGCGCUCGGAGCAGGAGGCUACUGCUGCUCUGGAGGAGGCGGACGUCACGUGUUACGUGGACGGUAAGCUGGCGCAGCGGGGCAUUGACUACGGGCGGUUCCUGCUCGAGCUCUACGAUGCAGGGAUCGUCGAAGUUUUGGACUACGAGCUGGAACGGAAGGAGGAGACGGGCGUCUUCUUCGUGCCACGCAAAGAUGACAAGCUGAGGCUCAUCUUCGACACUAGGAGGGCGAACUGCCACAUCAGGACGCCCGAGUACGCGCACUUGGCCUCCGGCGACGCCCUCAGCAGCUUGGAGUGCACGCCCGGUGAGGAGGUGCACCUGGCUGCGGGCGAUGUGGAGGUCUGCUUCUACCAGUGCGUGCUGCCGGCCUGGGCCAGGAACUACUUCUGCUUACCGAGCCUGGCGACCCGCAUGCUGCCGGCCCGCCUGCGCGAGGCGUUGGGGCCAGAGCUGUCUGCUCGGCCCAGGAUCGCCUUCCGCGUGCGGGUCGUCCCCAUGGGUUGGAACUGGGCCGUCCACUUUGUGCAAUCUGCCCACCUGAAUGUGCUGGCCUCGGUCUCUCCGAGCAACCAGUGGCUGGUGGACAAGCAGCCUGGGGCGUGCCUCUCUGACAGCCCAGCCGCAGCCAAGGUCUUGUACAUAGACAACUUUGCUGCCAUUAGCACCAGCCGCGAGACAGCAUUGCAGGUGGUCAACGACAUGCUCGACUCGUUCACCAGUGGGGGCGUCAAGGCAUCGCUUGACCUGGAUGUCGCCCUCCUCGGCUUCACGCUGGACGCGAAGGCCGCCAGGUGGCGCCCCGCACCCAAGAAGUUUUGGAGAGUGCAUGGUUGUAUCUCGCACCUGCUGGAGCCGGGAAGACGUGUCACGGGGCGCCAGCUGGAGAGGCUCGCGGGUCACGUGGUUGCGCUGCUGCUGCUGCGCCGUGAGGCGCUCAGCCUCCUCGGCGCAGUCUACGUCUUCAUCCGCUCCACCUGCGACAGGGCGCAGCCGCUGUGGCCCAGCUGCCGACGCGAGCUCAGGUGGGCGCUCGCACUGUUGCCCACGGUGUUCGCCGAUAUGAAGAGGCCCUGGCACGCUGAGGCGGGUGCCUUCGACGCGUCGCCGUGGGGCGCGGGAGUCUGCACUGCGCACUGGCCCUUGAGCGCAGUGCAGGCCGCUGGCAGGCAGCCGGAGAAGCUGCGCUUUCGCGGGCCCCUCGCCUCACUGGUGGCCCCGCGGGGCGCUGCCCUGGCUGCCGACAGCAUCGAGCUCUCGGACCCAGCCGCACUCUUACUUGGGCGUGCGGCAGGUUUCGCCGAGGAGGUCCGCACGCUCCAGGCUGCUCCGCCGGCCGGCCAGCCGAGCCUGCCAGAGGGCUUGCUGGCAGCCAACGUGGUGCAGCCGUCCACUCUGGUGCUCUACCUGAAGGUGUUGCUGCUGCUGGCAGGGUGGCUCAUGGUGGACGUGCUGCCCGACUGGCCCGUGGCGGCUUGGGACGCAGCGCUGAACGACCUCCUGCGGUGGGCCUUCGACCUGAAGGUGGCGCGGGCGACAACUGCAAAGCUUGGCGUCGCGGUGCUUGGAGGUCCCCCUCAGCUGCACUUGGCGCCCUUGCAGAGGUGCUUCCCGCAGCUCGCCCAAUCGCUGCCAAGUUGGAAGCGCCUGCGCAUGUCAUUAGUGGUGCCGGCUACAAAGUGGCAGCAGCCAGGCAAGACGGGCGAGCUGGACCACACCGUUGUGCGGGUCUCCCCGCGGCAGCAGGCCCUGGCUUGGGCCUUGGUGCGCCUCCGCGACCCCCGCCUGGGCUUCUGGCACCCGCUGUGGGACUUCGUCUACAGCCUCUUCCUGCGGCGGUUUGGCCAGGUGCUCGAGGCUGUGCGAGCCAGCUGUUUAGCAGGCACGCUUUGCAGCCUCAGGCACGGCGGCGACAUCCUCGACCGCCUGACGGCCAGCCGCACGCUAAUGGAGAAGCUGCAGCUCGGAAACUGGCACGCCUCCAACAGCGUGCAGCGCUACGACAAGCACGCGUGA